AUGGUUGAGUUCGAGCUGUUUGUUGAUGCAGUGUACUUGAGAUCUACUGGAUCUAGCACUAAAGGUCUUUAUCUCGGAGUCAAUAGAUGCCGGCUGGAUGGCCACCAAGAUGUUGCUGCUUCUUCCUGGUUCAAGCUAAGAGAGAUCACUUUUGAGGAAUGUCUAGUGCAGAUGUUCUUUAUCCACACAUUCGCCGUAAUGGGGUCUUCUGUACUCCUAACUAUGGCCUUUGAUCGUUAUGUGGCCAUUUGCCACCCACUGAGAUACUCCUCUAUCCUGACCAAUUCCAUGAUUGCAAAAAUGGGACUGUUUGUGAUAAUGAGGGGGAUAUUACUGGUAUUUCCUCUUCCACUCCUUGUCAGAAGGCUCCCAUUUUGUGGGAAUCACAUCAUACAACAGACUUACUGUGAGCACAUGGCGGUGGCAAAGCUCUCCUGUGGUGAUUUCAGAAUCAACUCUGUGUAUGGGUUAAUAGUUACGUUGCUAAUGGUAGGAUUUGACAUAAUAUGUCUUACUGUGUCCUACACCAUGAUUAUAAUGACUGUGCUGAGACUUCCUAACAGAGAAGCCAGAUAUAAAGUUCGCAACACAUGUGCUGCCCAUGUUGGUGUUAUCUUAGUGUUUUUUAUCCCAGCCCUCUUCUCCUUCAUAUCUAAGAGGUUUGAGGCUUCUUUAGAUCCAUCUGUCCAAAUUCUUAUUUCCAGCCUCUACCUGAUCAUUCCUCCUAUGUUUAAUCCAAUUAUAUACGGCAUAAAUACCAAAGAGAUUCGACAGAAGGUGUCAAAACUGAUUCAACAGUAG